AUCCUACCCUUCUUUUAUAGGGUAGGAUUAACCGGUUAAGUUUUAAGUACUGGAACUGCCAAUGUAGGGCAGGGCUAAAAUUAACUGUUCUGCCGUUGAAACUGGAAGCCGAAACAGUUCUCUUCUGUUCCUCAAUCACAUUCCACCAAAACUUCGAAGCGAAAAUGCAGAUAACUUCCUCAUUUCUCAUCUUCUUCUUUCACUUCCCCGCCCUCAUCUCCAUCACAGAUGGCGCCACAACAGAACUCACAAUACAGAACAACUGCAACUACAGCGUAUGGCCAGGAAUCCUGGGCAAUGCGGGCCACAGCACCCCAAAAGAAGGCGGCUUCCAUCUCUGCCGUGGCCAACAAGUUACCUUCCAAGUUCCCCGCCACUGGUCGGGCAGAAUCUGGCCGAGACAAGGCUGCAGUUUCGAUCAAUCCACCAAGAAAGGCUACUGCCAGACCGGAGACUGCUCUGGCAUGCUCGAGUGCAGAGGCAUCGGCGGUGUCCCUCCAGCGACCUUAGUCGAGAUGACCCUGGGAACUUCUGCAUCGGCCUUACAUUUCUACGAUGUCAGCCUGCUCGACGGAUUCAAUGUUCCGGUCUCGGUUGUGCCAAUCAAUGGCCUGGGAAGGGAGUGUGGAGUGGCUGCUUGUGAGGCUGAUUUGAAUGCGGUGUGCCCUUCUGUUCUGGUCAUCGAGCGGCAGGGGAAAGUGGUGGGUUGCAAGAGCGCUUGUUUGGCUGCCAAAAGUGAUAGCUAUUGCUGCAGAGGGGAAUUUGCUGAUCCGAAGGCUUGCAAGCCGAGUGUGUUUGGUAUUGUCUUCAAGGCGAUUUGCCCUAGGGCUUAUAGCUUUGCUUUUGAUGAGGCUUCUGGGCUCAAAACUUGUAUUGCUCCUCGUUAUGUUAUCACCUUCUGCCCCUCUUGAUUGACAGAUUUUGAUGCUCAUUCGUAUAAAGUUCUGAACUUUGUGACAUAGUAAGGGCGCAUGAUCUGAUGAUCAAACCCCAUUCGAGGAAACUCGUUAUAGG